AUGCGUGGACCACCGCCGGCAUGGAUGCCGCCACAUCCACCCGAUCGGGACCACGACUAUGAGAAUAACUAUGAAGAUCCGGAAGAUUGUCGAGAACGAGCAGCCGGUCUGCGCUUUGAUGUAACGCUCAAAGGUGGUUUUUGUGCUGAUUCUGAGUCAGACUACGUCCGACAGCGGCGGCGGCGACGACGACAAUCACGUUGUCUUUCAGAAUUGUCAUCACGGGACCUACUACUCACCUCCACCACAGCACCGCCUAAGUACAACUCAUAUGAGAUGUCAUUAUCACAGCAGCGUCGAUCUGCUAUGCGAGAACCAUUAGCUCCCGCACUGGAUGACUGGUCGUCAUUGGCAGAAGGCCAGACAAUACUUCAUAAAAACGCCGACGGCGCCUACUAUAUUCCCAGUGGCUCAGGUGAGUGA